UUUAGAAUAUAAUUUAUACUGGUAGUAGAGGAGCAGCAGUGAUACAAAUCUCCAAAAUCCCAAUCCAUCUCUGUCCUUCUGUGAAAUAAAGCAGAGGGCUACCAGAAGCCCAUCUGAGAAAAGUUUUUAGGUGUGGAAGAGAGGAAAGGCAGAGGCAGAGAGAGAGAGAGAGAGAGAAGCAAAAAAAAUAAACUAACUUUGGAGGAGCUGGGAUUCUAGCCAAUCCGAGUUCAGCCACCUUUUCCACCUAAGAGAAAGGAAAGAACAAUUUAUUGAAGCCUGGCAGUAAUAAGUGCGAAAAAAGAGAGAAGAGAGGGUGGUAGGCUCCUCAAGUUGAAGGACGAGGAUCUCUUUCCUUGCUAUUUUGUUUCUUUUGCUUUCCUCUGGCUCUCCUGCUACUUGCUCAAGAUGAAGUAGAGCUCGUUCCAUGGUCUCUCCUUGACCUUUCUGAAGAGAAAAACCACUGCUUAUAAGGUUCACUAUAUGCAUGGUUGUCUUUUCUCUUUUUAUGUGCACUAUAUGGUUGUUUUUCCUUUGUCUAAGGUUCACUAUACGGUUGCUCUCUCUCUCUCUCUCUCUCUCUCUCUCUCUCUCUCUCUCUCGGGAAUCCAUUGAAGGGAGGCCUUCUUCUAUAUCUUUGAGGCUGUGAUCAAUCCUAGAGCUUUUGUAUGAUGGCCCAUGAGUCCCACUAUGCUGAAUUCUACGCCGCCGACCACCCGGUGAUGGAAAGCUUCGAGCCCAACCACAACCUCUUCGGCCCCCAAGGUGGGAUGGAGAUGUUGGGACCCCCUUCCAAGCACCCAAGCUCCAACCUUGGGAGAGGCUUCAUCCCCCCAGACUUCCUGGAGGCGUCGAACAAGAACUUAAUGGUCGCGGCGGAGGCGGCGGCAUCGGCAAGCCCGUGGCAGGUAGAUGACUCCUCGCUGAGGUCUCUGUUUCCCUGCCAAGGGACGUCCGAGCAGCCUGGUGGGAGGCUGUCGCUGUCCCUCUUCAACCCAAAGCCCUCCGAUGCCAUCGGAGUCCCUCAGUCCUUCCAUCAGAGUGACUCCAGGGAUGUAUUUCUUUCAAGAGCAAAAAGUUCUCACCAACAGCAGGUGUUCAUGCAGGAAGGGAGGGUUUUUAAUUCCCAACAGCCCUUUCAGCUGAAGAAUUCCAAGUACUUGAUCCCAGCUAAGGAGCUUCUGAAUGAGUUCUGUAGUUUAAGAGGAGAGAUCAGCUCAAAAAAGAGGUCCCAGAAGGCAAGCCAAUGGGAAGAAGGUGGGCCUUCUUCCUCCUCUUCUUCAUGGAACCAGUCUCUAAACUCCAUGGACCUCUUGGAGCUCCAGAGGAGGAAAGCUAAGCUGCUUUCCAUGCUAGAAGAGGUGGAUAGGGGUUACAGAAAAUACUGCAAGCAGAUGAGGGUGGUAGUGUCAUCGUUUGAGGCCAUGGCCGGGGAAGGAGCAGCCGCAAUCUACUCAGGGUUGGCUUCCAAGGCCAUGUCGCGGCACUUCCGAUGCCUGAGGGAUGCAAUUGUUGGUGAGAUACGAGCAACAAAGAAGGCGAUCGGAGAGAAGGACACGGCCUCACCAGGGACUACGAGAGGUGAGACGCCACGGCUCAAGCUUCUUGACCAACGCCUGCGACAGCACCAGGCAUUUCAGCAGGCAGGGCUAAUAGAGAGCCACUCUUGGCGACCUCAAAGAGGCCUUCCUGAACGUUCUGUUUCGAUUCUUCGAGCUUGGCUCUUCGAGCAUUUCCUGCACCCGUAUCCCAAUGAUGUCGAUAAACACAUCUUAGCCCGGCAAGCCGGACUCUCAAGAAGCCAGGUCUCCAAUUGGUUCAUAAAUGCAAGGGUGAGGCUUUGGAAGCCAAUGGUGGAGGAGAUGUAUUCGGAGGAUAUGAAGGAACAAGAUAACCUGUCCUCCCAUGCGGCAACUUCACAUCAAGACAACAACACCAGCUCUAACCCUAACCAUAACUCUAGCCUUAGUCAGAAGCCAGCACCAGGGCAGCUUCUCAAUGACUCCGACUCGCUCUCGUCGAUCAUCAACGGCAGCCACCGUAGCGACGGAAAAAAUACAGUAAACGCCGAAGCUUCCCAACGUCACAAUCCACAGCAGCAGGCUGAGAACUUCGGCGUCGUCGAGCUGGACAUCUCCUCCUACGGCAGCUGCGGCAAUCAAAACUUGCGCGGCGGCGUGUCCUUAACGCUGGGCCUUCAGCAGAACAGUGGGGCAGGCAAGACGCUAUCAUUCUCGCCUGCUUCUCAGCAUUCUCUCCUCUUCUCCAGAGAGCAUAUCGACGACGGCCAGCAGCUCCAGUUCGCCAUUUUAGAUGGGGAGGCACGGACUCUUCCCUACAGGAACGUGAUGGGUGCUCAGCUGCUGCAUGACUUGGCAGGAUAGAGGAUGAAGAAGGCAUGCAUGCGACCUGCAAGGUUAGAAUAGAAGCAUACUGGCUCGAGUAAGUAGCUAGAUAUACUACGUAUACCUUUUUGUAUAUUGUUUUGCCUCGUAGGAUAAAUACUUUUGUCCUUUGUAAUUGUUUCUCCCUGGUAUUAUAUUUGAAUCCUAUCUUAGUAGCGACAUUAUGUCACUUGUAGGUGCAAGUAAAUAUAUAUUUAUACAUAUAAAACUUUAUUCGGUCAAAAGAUAUACAUACAACUACUUCAUUCAAUAA